AUGAAAUCCAUACCUUAGAAGAUUGAUCACUUUUUGUGGAGCAGCCAGGAAGAAUACUUCAACAAUGUAGGCUACUCAGCACCAUUUACCAGUUUCGUCAACAUGCAGAUCGUUAGACUCGUAAGUCUCUUGCUUAUCUUGGUGAUUUGGGUGAUGAAUUUCUACAUUAAUGUCAAGAAAGUUGUAAUUUACUUGAACUUCUGGGCAUUGACCUUUACUCUGCUUUCUCUGGGAUUCCUUUUCGUCUCCUCAGGCAGACAAGUCAUUGAGAAAAAACUUAAAGAGAGAGGAGAACCAGUUGAGGAAAAGGAUAGAUCACACACCUGGAAGAAGGGAGUGCUGUUCUAUACACUAGCUUGGCCAUUCACUGUUGCUUCAAAUGUUACUUUCUUCACAUUCUUCUAUAAGGAUCAGACUUGCCAAACUUACAUAGAUUUUGGUUUCGAGUAAUGGAGAGGAUAUGUCAUUUUCCUAUCAGUCAUAAUGCCCCUCGUUGCUUUGAUAGUAGAUUUCUUUAUCAACAGACUAGUUAUGUCUCAAAAGCACAUGAUUUUAACUGUAUUACUCACUGUACUUUACAUCUUCUUGUCCUUCUUGGGAUCUCUUGCCUAAAAUAGACCUGUCUAUGGAGAUCAUCUUGGCUAUGUUGCUCAUGAUGACUUUAAAUAUGAAUACAUGACACUUCCAAAAAGUGACUGGGGCAUUGAAAAGCUUUAAGAAUGCAAAGAUUAUUAUUCAGAUUGGUUUGGCAGAACUGGCAUCUAACCCAACUGGACAAAGACAGGAGUUUCCUUAGCUACAAUCUUCGGCACUAUAAUUCUCUCACAUUUAAUAAUCACUGCAAUUUCAAACAUCAAAUCAAAAAGAUACUUCCUUAGAGAUGGUAAAAUCAAUGAACAAAAAGCUCUUUUACUAGACAAAUAAUCUAGCAGUGAGAAGAAAAACUGA